ACACUGACUUGAUUGUCAUUAUCUGUUUGCGAGUGACAACUGCCAAGUGCUCCCUAAAUUAAAGAUUUUGGAAAUUUGAAGCCACAACAUGGCAAAAAGAAUAGCACAGAGCUCCGUGAACUGGGCAGCGCUGGCAGAGAGGGUGCCAGCAGAGCAGAAAGCCCAUCUCGCCGCUUUCAAGAUCAAGUCCGAUGGUUACCUUCGUAGAGUGCUGGCCAACCCGCCGGAACCUCCAGCGAUCAACUGGAGUGUGUACAAGCAGUCGGUACCCAUCCCUGGCAUGGUGGAGAACUUCCAAAAGCAAUAUGAAGCCCUCAAGAUCCCGUACCCAACAGACACCAUGACUGCACAGGUUGAUGCCCAGUGGACCCAAGUCAAGAAAGCCAUUGACCAAUUUGUGCAGCAGUCCAACGCAAAUAUUGCCAACUUUGAGAAACAAGUUGCGGAGAUCAAGGCUCUGUUGCCAUACGACCAGAUGACGAUGGAGGACUUCCGCGAUGCAUACCCUGAGCUGGCCCUCGACCCUAUCAACAGGCCCACUUACUGGCCCCACAACCCUGAGGAGCAAGUGGACUAUGUUGACCCGGAGAACAAGGCAGUUGAAGCACAACACUAAAAUGUUCGUAACUUGUAUAAUGUCAAGAUAUCAGGAAUCUAAAGCAUAUCUACAUACUGCUUCGGAAUACAGGUUUUCUGUGAGUUCCCACUGCAAAACAUCUGUAUUUAAAUACUUGUCAUCUUAUAUUUCUUUAAGAAACAGGGAUAAUGUUUUUAAUUAGAUGUUUUAGUGGUGGAAAUGCAGUUAAAUACUGUUUUAGUCUUUCUGAGCUGAAUAGUAUCUCAACAUAUUUUAUGCUAUU